AUCAAGCAAGUAGUAGAGAGAAAGAGAGGAAGGGGAACGAAAGGAUGGCAUUAUCAACAGUAACAUAUUCACCAGCACAAAAGGGAAUAGUAAUUUCAAUUCCAACGUUAGUUCUUUCAGUUUUGAUAGCAGCAAUAAUGUUAUGCUUUCUCCUGUCUUCUCUCUCUACAUGUUCUUGUCCCUCUUCUUUGCAAAGCUUUAAUGAUAAUAACAAUGGUGGAGAUGUGCUUGGUGAGGUUGAUAGAAAAGAAAGAAUAUCAGCUACAAAAGAGGAUAUUGAAUGGAUUAAAGAUCAGAUCCAAGCUAAUGGUUUACAUAUGCAAGUUAAUGUUCUUCGUAAAGGGAUUAAUCCUCGUACUAGAGCUCAACAGUUACAAGAUCUUAUCCAGUUCAAGGGUAUAUCACAUUAUGAAGGGCCAGAGUCAGAUAAUCACACUGCACUCCCAUGUCCUGGUGAGCUGCUUGUGGAAGAGCACCAUAGCAACUAUGGGGAGCCCUGGGCAGGUGGACGGGAUGUGUUUGAGUUCCUUGCUGAGUCUAGCCACCUAUCACCCAACUCACGUGUGCUUGAGAUUGGGUGCGGAACUCUCCGUGUUGGCUCACAUUUUAUUCGUUAUCUCAGCCCUGAGUACUACCACUGUCUUGAAAGAGAUGAGCUCUCUCUGAUGGCUGCAUUCAGAUACGAACUUCCUUCUCAGGGUCUUUUACACAAGCGUCCUCUGAUUGUGAAAGGUGAAGACAUGGAUUUCUCCAAGUUUGGUUCUGGAGUUGUGUAUGAUUUGAUAUAUGCUAGUGCUGUGUUUCUUCAUAUGCCUGAUAAGCUUGUCUGGGUUGGACUAGAAAGAUUAGUGAGCAAGCUGAAGCCUUAUGAUGGCCGAAUCUUCGUGUCACAUAAUAUAAAGUUCUGCUCAAGACUGGGAGGUGAGGAAUGCACUAAGAGGUUGACCAGUUUGGGACUUGAGUAUCUUGGAAAGCAUACACAUGAUAGCUUGCUUUUCAACCACUAUGAAAUUUGGUUCGAGUUUAGGCGUUCCAAAGCUUAGAGCGUGCAGAAUAGAAUAGCCUUCUUGGUUUUGAUUUUAGGCAAUUCGGAUGCAAGAAUGGAGCCUCCAAGUUGUUGUAUACUUGUUUUGUUGCUUCUGUUCACUUCAUCUUCAACAUCCAGUUGAUAGCAGCAAGGGAAAAAAAAAUAGAGAGAGAGGAUCAAUGACCUUGCUGGCUUUUGUUUGGCUUGAACUUCAGUUUGAUGAUGGAGUGGGGGUAUUUUAAUCACUGACUAGUGGAUUGUUGAUGUAGUGGGGAUAUUUUAAUCACUGAACUUCAGUUUGAU